CACGUCCGGCCCACUCCAGGCGCACUCACAUCGCUCCGUCGCUCCGUCUCCACGCAUCGUUUCCGUCGCUCCCCUCGUCCGCCGCAGCGCCGCUAAUCCACCCGCCGCCGCUGCCCUGGAAUGUAUGACAUAGAAAAAAUAUUUUUCCCGGACACCUGAUCUACGCACAAAGGAGCACCUCCAGACCUGCCACCGAAAAGCACCAUGACCUGCACAUCAUCUGUGACUUAAAUCAAUUUGAUUGUUUCCCCAAAUUAUUUCAGAUUAGCUGGUCAGUGGUCACUGUGGCAUGCCUUGUCUCUGUGAUAUAAUAAGCAAAUUGGGGUCAUGCUCGAUGCUCUCAUCUUAAGACAGCAAAUAGUCAAUAGUGAAUCUUGUUUCUUCCCCAAAAGGCAUCAUUGAGGAAUAUUCCACAAUCCACAUCCCCUCCCAUCCGGCGAACCGCAAUGAAGUCUCCGAUCGCCGUCGCUGGCUCCGCCGCAGAUUUUUCUGACGCUCUGCCCUCCCCGACCUCCCCUGCAGCGGUCCCAUGCCAUUCCAGCCCCGGCCGCCACUAUUACCUCGCUGUUGACCGCACCCAGUUCAAGAUGAGGACACUCUUGGAGCUCCUGGGGGUUGUCGCAGAUCGCCGCAGUGGGCUGCCGAUUGCAACAUGUGUUUCCUCCCGUGAUGAGCUUGAUGCCGUCUGUGCUGCCGUCACCAACCUCUCCUUUGUGUCAAUGUCACCGCUGUAUAGUGAUCAAGCUGAAGCAGAGCGUGCAUCUGUUCUUGAGAAGUUUCGUCAAGAAACAAUUCAGUGGAAUCAAACUACUAAAGCUACCAAUAUUGCCGAAAGUUCUAGGCUUGAAAGUAUUGGCUCAAAACUAAGCAUUGUAGUUGCAACAGAUGCUUGCUUGCCUCAGGCAGCGAUGGCAGAGGCACCACUUAUGGCACGGGUGCUGAUAAACUAUGAGCUUCCCACAAAGAAGGAAGCUUACUUAAGACGCAUGUCAACAUGUUUGGCAGCAGAUGGAAUUGUGAUUAACAUGGUCGUUGGUGGCGAGGUGGCUACACUCAAGGCUUUAGAAGAGAACAGUGGUCUGCUCAUUGCCGAGAUGCCAAUACAUGUUUCAGAGAUAUUAUGAGAGUCCCAAUCGUACAAAAUUUCAGAAGUUACUGUUCUAUUUCCACACUAACUACUGAUGGUUUUACUUCUGCUACUUUGAUUUUGGAUUGCUUUUCAUGAUACAGAUUGUUCCUCAAAUUAGAUCUCUAAAGAAUUAGAAUAAUGCUCAUUGUUUUUUUCUCUCUCUGAAAUGAUAGAAAUAGGAGUGGUUCAACAUCCAGUGACAUGAUUCAUUACUCUGUGCAUCGUAUCUAUACUUACUGUUAGUUCUUACGAGAUUGGUGACAGAGUCACAAAGAAAUAUUCAAUUGCCACAGAAAUAUUGCUAUUGAUUGCUCCA